AUGGAAGAAAAAACCCCUUCUGACACGUCUAGCAUUUUACACAAUCAUCAAACUAGCGAUGUGAAAAGGAAGAAGAUCAUUGUUGAGGCUGAUGAACCGAUUAUAUUAUCGGCCAAUUAUAAUCUUGGUGGAUCGGAGGUUGAACUUAGGCUAUUCAAUGCCGGAGGAUCAGCUUCUAGGGCGAUCAAUGAAGAAGCAGCAUCCGAUGAGAGCGCCCACGAUAAGAGAUCAUCAUCGGAACGUAGGGUUUUCGCAUGUAACUUCUGCAAGAAAGAGUUCUCAACCUCUCAAGCUCUUGGUGGGCAUCAAAAUGCUCAUAAACAAGAGCGAGCGAUGGCAAAACAUCGUCGAGAGCUUGGAUUAAUUGGUGGUGUUCAUCAUCAAUAUCCAUUCUCAUUUGACAAUCAAUACUAUUCAAGUUCUACUCUAUCUCAGCAUGCUUCUCUUUAUGGAUCAUAUGGUAAUAGAUCUUCACUUGGGGUGAGAAUGGAGUCCAUGAUUCACAAACCAUCUAUUCAAUGGUCCCCUUACGGAUACCGUUUCGGUGCCAGUGAAAGAUCAAGCCAGGGAUUAUAUCAUAACCUUGAUAGGCUCAAGAUCCAGCAGACCAUAAACCCUAAUUUGGCUAGUGGGCUUGGAAACCCUAGCUCUUCUAGUCUUGGAGGAGGCAUAAGCACUAGUGGACUUGGAAGAAAUGGAGGUUUAUUCAAACCAUUUGAAGCAUCAAGCUCCACCACCAAUAAUAAUAGGCCAACUAAUGAUCAUACCAAGGAUGAGAAAGAACUUGAUUUAACUCUUAAGCUUUAG